AUGCUUAAUUGCGAUCUUCAAGUAACGUAUUCUACUAAGUGUAUACAGAAACAAGCGCAUAAAGAAGGAAUAUGGUGCUGCACAUGGGGUGAAAAUCGGAACAGAAAUAAACAGUACAUUAUUACAGGUUCUUUGGAUAAUGGCCUCAUUGCUUGGGAGUGGACCAAUAGUCAGUUAAAAUGUCUUUAUCAAUUUGAAGGACAUAGAUUGGGUGUGAUUUCGGUAGACAUAAAUUCAACAGGUACAUUAGCAGCAUCCAGCAGUCUUGAUAGCCAGAUUUUAUUAUGGGAUCUGGAAACAGGAAAAUUAACGAAAACAUAUGAUGGUGAUCCAGCUGAUACCUGGACUGUUGCUUUCUCUCCUGAUUCGCGUUUCCUAGCAACUGGAAGUCAUACUGGUUGUGUAAAUAUGAUCAAUGUACAAACUGCUCAGAAAGAGGGUUCUAUUCAAUUAGAGGGGAAAUUCGUGUACAGCCUUGCUUAUAUCUCUGACGGAUCUAAGCUAGCUGCUGGAACAAUCAAUGGGCUUGUCAGCAUUUGUGAUUUAGAAACAGGGAGUGUUCAGUUUUUGGAUGGACAUGCCACACCGGUACGCUCAGUCUCAUUUUCACCUGAUGGACGUCUAUUAGCUUCUGCAUCUGAUGAUAAACAAAUUAAAGUUUUUGAUGUACGCGAUGGUCGACUAGUUAUCCCUAGUUUAAAUGGUCAUAAAGGAUGGGUUGUAUCGGUAGACUUCGCUUCAGAUAAUCGACAUCUUGUCACAGCAUCCACUGAUUGUUCUGUUCGAAUCUGGGAUCUAGCAUCGAAAGAAGAAAAACAUUGUUUUAAUACACAUGAAGAUCAGGUAUGGUGCGCUCGUUAUAGUCCUCAAGGAAAUAAUAUUAUAUCUGUAGGAGAUGAUAGAUCUAUCAUGAUUUAUCAAUGUGCUUAA